AUGGGAAGUGCCAAGGUUAAGGCUGGUAUCCUUGGUGCCACUGGCACUGUAGGGCAGCGAUUUAUUCUUCUUUUGAGCAACCAUCCUGAAUUUGAGAUUGUGGCUCUUGGUGCUAGCUCCUCGUCCGCCGGAAAGCCUUACAAAGAGGCUGUAUCUGGUCGCUGGAAGCAAGCUCAGCCCAUUCCCGCACAUAUUGGUGAGAUUCCCGUUAAUGAGUUCAACACGGAUCACCUGGAGAUCAUUCCGUACCAGCAGAAACAGCUUCUACUCGAGCGUGGCUACAUUGUUACCAACGCGAACUGCUCUACCACGGGCGUUGUCGUGGCAUUGAAGGCUCUUGAAGCGGCGUUCGGUUCUUUGGAUGUGAUCAUGAUCCAGACUAUGCAAGCUAUUAGUGGAUCUGGCUACCCCGGUGUUAGCUCUCUGGAUAUCCUUGACAAUGUUGUUCCUUUCAUCGAUGGUGAAGAGAAUAAAAUUGAGUGGGAGACUUCCAAAAUUCUGGGUGGCUUGAAGGACAGCAACACUGCAUUUGACCUACACGAAGAUAAUCCGCUUAGGGUGAGUGCUCAAUGCAACCGUGUGCCUGUCAUUGACGGCCACCUGUCAUGUGUGAGUGUAAGCUUCAAGAAGCGCCCUGCGCCUACGCCAGAGCAGGUUGCCGAGGCCCUUCGCAAGUACAAGUGUGAAGCACAAACGCUUCAUUGCCACAGUGCCCCAGAGCAAGCUAUCACUGUACACCAAGAGCCGGAUCGACCACAACCCCGCCUUGAUCGCGAAUGGCAGAAUGGCGCGGGUGUAAAUGUGGGACGUAUUCGAAAAUGUCCUGUGCUGGACAUUAAAUUUGUGUCACUAGUAAACAAUGUCAUGCUUGGUGCUGCUACCAGCUCGGUCCUGAACGCUGAAGUGGCACUAAAGAAAGGUUUCCUUGGAUAG